AUGACGGGGGCAGGAGAUGACGGGGGCAGGAGAUGGAGGAGACAGGAGAUGGAGGAGACAGGAGAUGGAGGAGACAGGAGAUGGAGGAGACAGGAGAUGGAGGAGACAGGAGAUGGAGGAGACAGGAGAUGGAGGAGACAGGAGAUGGAGGAGACAGGAGAUGGAGGAGACAGGAGAUGGAGGAGACAGGAGAUGGAGGAGACAGGAGAUGGAGGAGACAGGAGAUGGAGGAGACAGGAGAUGGAGGAGACAGGAGAUGGAGGAGACAGGAGAUGGAGGAGACAGGAGAUGGAGGAGACAGGAGAUGGAGGAGACAGGAGAUGGAGGAGACAGGAGAUGGAGGAGACAGGAGAUGGAGGAGACAGGAGAUGGAGGACACAGGAGAUGACGGCGACAGGAGAUGGAGGAGAUGGAGGAGACUGGAGAUAA